CGAACACGAACCCACCCACAGCAAAGUGCCUUCAAUUGCAGGCUCACUGCCAUUUCUUUUGAAGCCGCCUCCAAAGUUACAUUUGGAGGCCACAGGCUUUUUGGACAGUACGUCAUGGCUCGAAAGAAGAAAAGUCAAGCGUCAACCACAACCGCCGUAGACCCGGCGCAGACUACACCCACGAUUCCUGCGCAACCAUCGUUGACACCUUCGCCGGUUCCCUCCACGACGUCAGCGCCCAACCCGUGGUUUGGAAGCAAGCAAAAGAACGGAGAGCCUUCAACUUCUGCGCUUAUCAUAUGUCGGAACAAACAUUGGAAAUAUAUCUCCUCCUUCCAUGGACCAUGGCUCCAGCUACCUCCCGAGGUGCUCGAAUCACUCGCGCACAGCAACUACCUUGCGCCGCGACCUCAUCCAAUUGACCCGGCCGUGUUUUAUGAUUUAGUGAAGAUCCGCAAGGCUGUCGACGAAGCAACCAACAUCGCUGUACGUGCUGCUUCGGGCGUCACCUCUGCUUCCCUCAAUGCCUCCAUGAACGCUAGUAAUGGUAUGCUGAACGGAGCGGGCGCAGCAGCGUUAGGACUAGGCUUCGGUGGAACAGGAGGGGGGGCAAAAUUAAGUAGAGAGCGUAAACAUAGGAUGCGCGAACUAGCAACGCAGAAGCUUUCACAGGCAUAUCACUUAGACGAAAUUGCCGCGAGUGUGGCAACUAUGCAGUCAGCGUCCACGCUUGAGGAUCUUGCCAUGCAUGUGUUGCAAAGGAACCAUCUGGACUACGAUGCUCGCUACGUGCAUUUUUUCCACGAGAAGAUACCUAGUCGGAUGAUGGCCGAAUACACUCCACUCGAGCCACUGGAUGCGCUUCUGUCAGAGCGGCCAAAUGAUGGUCCAGCCUACAGGACAAGGGCGCUCACAAAGAUUUUUAAAGAGGAUUACGCGGGAGCGGCGCGUGAUCUGACAGAGGGGUUAGCGAUGGCCAGAUGGCUAUUAUCACAGCACAGAGCCGGCAAAGACCAGCUUGUGCUCGCGAGCGAGGCAGCAAAACAGCGAGGAAUCCGUGAUUGGAGGAAUGAGGUGCAAAUACCUGAGGAGGACCAGCCGAGCAGUCUAGAAGUCCAGAUGCUAUUUCAUAGAGCCAAUGUCCAUCUUGCCAUCGCCUGCCAACAUGUCCACGAUGCGCUAGAUGCAUAUUGGGACGAGCAGGAGGCGAGGAAGGAGGCGAUGGAGAAUGGCCAUGCGGUAAGUGCGCCAUCUGAUGGGACUGCUUCAUCAUUGGAAGAAGUACCAAAGAGUGCUGCUGAGCGCAUAGCACACAAAAGGCAUCUCGAAUACAGACGCAUGGUCAAGUCGAAUGCGCGCAAGGCCCUCAAGGACUAUCUAGAGUUCCUCAAACACUUCGACUACACCCCGGGCAUCGCUCCUGAGAUAGCUGAGGAGUUCAUUCGUCGCAUAAAUUCUGCCACACAGCCAGAACCGGAGAGGAGGACCAAAACCGUCAACAGCACAAAGGUCACGACGUCGAAAAUGACGUUGGACUUCGAAGUGCUAACCGACGACUCGACACCGCUUAGCCACUCGACAAGCGCAUUGAUACCUACGAAAAGCAAUACACAAAUUAGCCCAGAAAUUCCAACCGACUUGUGGCCUCCUCCUCCUAAGAUCUAUCCGGCGUCUCAAUUGUUCUCUGAAAAGGUGCCUGCUUCUAUACCGCCCUAUCCAGAUCAUAACACUGCGCUUGCAGUACGUUCCGGCCCCACAUCCGCGCAGCUAAAGUCUUCGGAGGCAGCCGCAGCGGCGCUAGCAGACUCCAAUGAGUCCGUAACCUAUCAUCCACUGCUCACUGACGCUCUACAUUCGCUUCUACUAUGUCAUGCACUCUUGCAAACCUCUCCCACAGAACUUAAACGACACGCACACAAUGCCGCGCGCCUGGCUCGUAUUUGUGAUGGAUACCCCAUUUUCCUUGCUGCCCGUUCCCCAGCGCGUGCGGAUUGGAUCGAAGUCCUGCGACGAGCAGGAAACUGGAUUGGGCUCACACAAUCAUGGGAGGCCUUGUGCCGACCAGCGCCUCUCCCAGGACAUGGCACCCAAGGUCUCGGAGAUAGAGGCUGGAAUUUGGGGCGUGAACCAGACACACCGAUUGUGUCUACGGACGCGAGUCGAAAGAGCAAAGAGGAAGUGGAAAGAAAUCGACGGGAGAGGCGCAAACAUGAGGCCAUUCUAGAGGCUCUAGCAGACGAUCGUGUGGUUGACGAGGAGAGCUUCCAGCGUGCAGUGAGGGCGAGAGAACAGCGCGCAAUUGAGGACGAUGAGGCGGCUGAGGCAGCCGCUAAAGGGUUACCUCCUCCAACUCCACCACAAAGUGAGGAGGAACCGGUAGCGACGAUGAAAGAAGAUUUAGCCGAAAGUGCUUCACAAAAAUGCUCCCCACAAUCCUCAAACGAGACGCACCACAACGCCACACGCAAGUCCGGGGUGACAUCUAACGCCAGUGUCAAAAGCUCAUCUACUGUGAGCAACGGACGUGGGAACCAUAAGCGCUGGGCCCAGGAUGAUGGCAAGGACUAUCCCAUUUCAACAGAGCGUGCAGAGGCUAUCUCCCGCUGGGUUCGCGAGGCGCCCUUGACAGUUGACGGUGCAGGCAAAGGGAAAAAAAGCGGGAAGAAGAAGAGCUCUGCCGGAUCUUCGUCGAAGAAGUCGAAGAGCAUGGAGGCCAGUCUCGUAACUUUAAAAAUGGAGGACAGCGGAGUUGAUCGAGCCGAGGCGGAAGAAAUCGAUGAAUAGUUUAGGCCUGGUAUCUUGUGGAACUGAGACAAGACCUCCGUCUGCAGCACACUUUUUGCGUAGCUAAUUAGCACAAAAGGCAUGUAGGAUGUUGCCAAUGCAGACUUUUGCGCCGUAUAUUUGAAUAGGCGCUAUUUCAAAUGCACAUCGUUGUC